AUGCAGCCCCUAUCUAUGACUACAAAACAUGAUAUACAAAUCGAUAUAACCCAAGUCAGGAUAGAUAUUUUACAUGGAAUUGGUGAGUGUGCAGAUCGGGGUCUUACACAAACUGCUAAAUGGCUAGCAGAAUUAAACUACGCUUUAAAGGAUCAUAAAAUUAUAUAUGAUCGUCCUCCUAACACAUACGAUGAUCAAAUUCCGAUGGAAGAGAGAGAAUCAUAUAUUUUAGCAAAGAGUUACUUCGACUGUCAAGAAUAUGAUAGAGCUGCACAUUUUUUAGAAAAUUGUAAUAGUUCUAAGUGUGUAUUCUUGCACAAAUACUCAUUAUACAUGUCAAGUGAAAAAAAGCGAUUAGAUCUUGCCACAGAUCUUGGUGCUGAAAACACAGAGUCAACACAAGUGCUACUGGACUUGUUAUCGUAUUUUAAGGCAAAUCGUAACAAUCUGGAUGGAUAUCUUUUGUAUUUGGAAGGAGUGGUUUUGAAGAAGUUGGAUUUGCGAAGUGAAGCAGUAACAGCACUUUUAUUGUCUAUAGCUGCUGCUCCUACGCUAUGGGCAGCUUGGGUAGAGUUAGCAGGCCUAGCUAAUGAAUAUGAGGCACUAGAUUCCCUCAAACUUCCAAAGCAUUGGAUGAUGUACUUUUUCGCUGCUCAUGCUUUUGUUGAACUAAAGCUAUCAGAACAAGCUUUGGAGGCUUAUCUAGUAUUGGUAGCAGCAGGGUUUGAAAAAAGUACUUAUGUCACAGCACAAAUGGCUAUUGCACAUCAUGACAGAAGAGAUGUUGAUUCAUCAUUAGCUUUGUUCCGGGAGUUAUACCAGAAUGACCCAUAUCGGCUAGACAAUUGGGAUGUGUAUUCUCACCUCCUUUAUUUAAAAGAAAAACGGAUGGAGCUUGCAAACCUAGCUCAAAAGGCUGUCUCCAUUGAUAAAUAUAGAGUAGAAACUUGUUGUGUAAUUGGUAACUACUACAGUUUAAGAAGUGAGCACCAAAAAGCUGUAGUGUAUUUUCAAAGGGCUCUGUCAUUGGACCCACAGUACCUAUCAGCGUGGAUACUCAUGGGACAUGAAUUUAUUGAACUACAAAACUCCAAUGCUGCAAUACAAUGCUAUAGACAAGCUAUAGAUGUAAACAGAAAUGACUAUCGUGCAUGGAAUGGUUUAGGACAGGCUUACGAAAUAUUAGGACUUAAUGGUUAUUGUAUAUACUACUACUCGAGAGCGGCUCAACUCAAACCUGACGACUCUAGAAUGUUGGUUUCUCUUGGUGAAGCAUAUGAGAAGAUGGAUAAAAUCCCUAAUGCGCUCAAGUGUUACUACAAAGCUCACAGCACUGGUGAUAUUGAAGGAAUGGCUUUGUUUAAGUUAGCUAAACUGUACGAGAGGUCGAACAUGCCGAACAGCGCGGCGGCGGCGUACACGGCGGCGUGCCAGGACGUGGCCAACGUCGGCAGCAAGGAGCUGCCCGCGGCGCAGCGCUACCUGGCGCAGUACUACCUGCGCUUCUCGCUGCUCGACCACGCCGCGCACUACGCCUACAAAUGCCUGGAGCAUGAGAGUACUAAAGAAGCUGGCAAAAAUAUCCUCAAAACAAUAUCUGAGAAGCGGUCGACUGCAGCAUCAUCUCAACAAGCGUUGCCGGAUGAUUUGCCAGACGCUAUCAAGAAUGUAUCAGCCGUAUCGAUCACUCAGGACACGCCUAAAACUCCACUACCGCCGAGUCCAAACGUAACGCCGGACAAUUUCUCCACACCAGUGUUUACGCGGAAAAAUAGCAAAUAUAAAAUAUGA